AUGAGCCAAGAGCUUAUAGAAACCGUGAACUCUGAAGAAUCCGCAAAUGGCGAAGAAUCAGGAAUGCUCUUGGAAUUGAGCAACGUGACGGUCCAGUUUGGCGCAGUGGUUGCGCUGGAACAGGCUAACCUGGGUUUGAAACGGGGAGAGUUGGCUGCGGUCAUGGGGCCUAACGGUGCCGGAAAGUCCACAGUCUUGAAGGCUAUUAUGGGACUGGUGCCGGUUACGGCCGGCCAGGUCUUUUGGCGUGGGGCCCCCCUGCAAGCUGCAACCCACGAGAUAGUCAAACUGGGCAUUUCUUUCGUUCCCCAGGGACGCCGGGUAUUCACUCACCUUUCCGUCCUCGAAAACCUGGAGCUGGGCUGCAUUUAUCUGAACGACAGGGCGGAACAGGCUCGCAGGUUGGAAUCGGUGCUGGAACUGUUUCCUUUACUCCACGAAAAGCGGCGGGAUAUGGCCAGCCAGAUGUCCGGAGGCCAGCAGCAAAUGCUGGCCUUGGGCCGCGGGCUGAUGGCGGCCCCCGAGGUACUUCUGUUGGAUGAACCUACGCUGGGUCUGGCCCCCAUUAUUGUGAAAGAGGUCUUCGAGAAGGUCCACGAGAUUAACGAAAAGCUCAAAACGACGAUUUUUGUCGUGGAGCACAACAUCAAAGGAGUCCUGGAUAUUGCCAGCCGGGCAUACGUGCUGGACCAGGGACGUGUCGUGCAUGACGGUACACCCAAGUCGGUCGAGGAGACGAAUAUUUUGACCGAUGUUUUCCUGGGGCGGUUCAGUCACGGCGAAAGAGAAGAGUGGGAAUAG